AGGCGACCGAGGUCAGCGGCCGAGCAUGGAGCGCAGGGUGGUCAAGCCACCCGGGCAGGACAUUAUAGUGGAACGUCUCAAAAGCCGCUAUGGCCUGGCGGGAAGCUGCUCCGUGGAGACCAGGCUGGCCUCGAACUCAUGGAGACCCGCCUGCCUCUGCUUCCAGGAGCCGGUAUUAAAGGGGUGUGACACCAAGCCCAGCUUCUUUUGCCUUUAAUCUACACCAGAUGCCCACACUUACACCAUUAAUGCUUACACAAGGACGAUGACAUGAGUGGUGUGUGGGCUGCUCUAAUGAAUCAACAGCAUGAGCUUUCAAAGUUUGCUCAGACUAAAUUUAAAAGAAGAAGUCUAACCUCCCCAGAUUGCUUGGAUACCUACUGCUCUGGAGAUAAAAUUGGUUCAUCACUAAGAUGCUACUCUGUUGAAAGGAAGUUUUCUACAGCACCAUUCUGCAGUUCCUUCAAACACGUAAAUGUGAACUGCCUAGAUGAUGAUGAUGAACUGGAUUCUUUUAAUGAGUUAAAGAAAGGGGAAACAGAAGAAGAAUUAAUUGAAGAUGAUCAUAGAGAUGGUGCCUCCAAAAUAAUAAAGCAGUCCUUCAAAGAAACAGAAAAAGAUGCCCUGCUGACUAAUAUGGCCUCACCAGGACUUCAGACUGAAUGUUGCAAUGAUUCCAUUGACUCUCCUUUGAAACAUGUCAUUUAUCCAAAAUCCAAAGUGUCAAAGAAGCAGGGUUUGCUUCCACACCAGAUAAAUCAAAUAUAUGAUGAAUUAUUUCAUAUAUAUAUGAAACUACAGAGUGAAACUUCAGCACAGCAGAAAUUUGCUGAGGAACUUAAAAAACGGGAACGGUUUUUAGCGGAACGAGAACAGCUGCUUUUCAAACAUGAAACUGCCUUGAGUAAAAUUAAAGGUGUUGAAGAAGAGGUUCUGACAAGAUUCCGAAUUCUAAAGGAGCAACACAGUACAGAAGUUGAACACUUAAUGGAAGCUCUGAAGGAAAAGAAUAAAGAGAGCAAGAGAAUGAAGUCCUCCUUUGAUACCCUAAGAGAGCUGAAUGAUAACUUAAGAAAACAGCUAAAUGAAGUAAGUGAAGAAAACAGGAAGAUGGAAAUUCAGGCUAAAAGGGUUCAAGCUCGUUUAGAUAACUUACAGAGGAAGUAUGAGUUUAUGACAGUACAGAGACUGAAAGGAUAUUCCCAUGCUGCUCAUGAAAUGAAAAGUUUAAAACAAGAAAAAGCACCAGUUUCAAAACCUUUCAAGAUGACACUCAAUGGACAAGUGUAUGAACUGUUAGUUGUUUUCAUGGACUGGAUAUCAGACCACCAUCUUAGCAAAGUGGAGCCGGAGGAACCUGGUGUGGACGGUGAAAAGCCAUCACUCAAACCUCCUCAGAGAAGUGACAUUCAAGAGAAGUGUGUGAAGCUUUUGCCUAUGAUGACAGAGCAGCUCCAGUGGAUGCCACUUGUGAAUGCUAAACUGCAUGAGCCUUAUGUAAAGUUUAUCUAUUGGUCUCUAAGGCUGCUGGAUUCUGGCACACAGCAUUCAACUAUGACAUCAACAUUGAGGAGAUUGGGUGAAGACAUAUUUAAAGGAGUUACAAUUAAAGGAACUCAGGAUAAUUCUUUAGAGCAUUCUGUAGAGAACAAACCAAAGACAGCAGCAUUCUUCAAGAGCUCCAAUUUAUCGCUGAGAUUUUUAUCAACCUUAAUUGUCCUCAAAACAGUCACUCAAGCGGACUACCUAGCUCAAGCAUUUGAUUCCCUUUGUUUGGACUUGAAGACUGAUGAAGGGAAAACCUUGUUUUUGGAGUACCAAGCUGUUCCAGUAAUACUAAAACACCUGAGAAUAUCCAGUAAAGGACUGUUAUCCAAUGUCAUUGACAGUUUGCUUCAGAUGACGGUAGACUCGAAGGCCCUGCAGCCUUUCUUGGAAGCCUGCAGCAGCUCUUUAUUUUUUCGUACUUGUUCUGUGCUGCUCCGGACCCCUAAACUUGAUCUUCACAUCCUAGAAAAGCUCAGUAUUAUCCUACAGAAGCUUUCCAAAAUCAAGAGUAACAAGAAGCUUUUUGAAGUUUUCACCAUUCACCUGAUGCUUCAGGAAAUACAAAGGACAACACAUCCAGAGCACGCCUUUCUCUGUAUUAACCUAAAUUCAACUCUGUUCAACCUGGGUUUAACAAAAAAUAACUCCCUGGUUUCCAGUAGCAGCCAUUAGAAAACUGUGUGUAUGUAUGUGUCUGUGUCUGUCUAUGUGUUCAUUAUUUGUCAAAGUAUAAAAAUCACCAAAGGAAGAUUCUACAGAGUAAAGUUAUCAACAGCCUCAUUUAUCAUGAAAAAUAUCUAGAAAGAUUUUUCAGCUAUGUAAUUGAGACCCAUAGAGAGUAGGGAUGUUUUAGAAUGUUUCCGUUUAAAGUAGUGCUAAUUACUGUACAAGGUGACACUUCCAGAACUUCAGGCAUUGGGGUUACUUUUUAUAAAACAUUUUAAGAAAAGUCUUUCUUGAAAUUAUGUGAUUAUUUGGAAUAUAAUUUGUUCUUAUGUGAAAAUAAACUAAAUUUUUAUAGCAAAGUACUUUUUUUUUUUUUCCUAAAAAACAGGGUUUUUAUGUAGCACUGACUAUCCUGGAACUGGAUGUGUAGAUAAGGCUGACCUCAAACUCAUAGACAGUUGCCUGCCUCUGCCUUCCAGGUUCUGGGAUUAAAGGCAUAUGCCACCACAGCCAGGCAAGUACUUACCUUUUAUUUGUUGUUCUAUUUUCUUUUAUUUUUACUUACCUGUGUUAUGGUUACUGGGGGGUGCUUGCUGAGCUACAGCCCCAACAUAGGCGUGCCUAUGAUAUAUGCAGUAUUGUUUUAUGAACUGGGUAUAUAUGUGUUAAGAGUCAUCAUAUUCUCCUGGUGGUCUCUUAAGCAGCAUGAAAUGACUGUCUUUAUCUUUUUCACUAGUUUUAGUUUGAAGCCUGUUUUGUCAGAUAUCAGAACACUAGCACUUGCCUCUGUCUUAGGUCCAUUUAUUUGGAACAUCUUUUGGUGUCUGUUUGCUUUUUAUUUCUGGGAUAAAACACUGACCAGAGCAACUUGGGAGAAAAGGGCUUAUUUUAUCUUGCACUUCCACGUCACAGCCUGAGGACAGUCUGGUCUGGGACUGAUGGGAGCCUGGAGGCAGGAGCUGAAGCAGAGACCAUGGAAGGGUGCUGCUUGCUCCCUUGCUCUCCAUAGCUCACUCGUCUUGCUUUUUUAUACAACCCAGUAAUACCUGAACAGGAGUUGCCCACCCAUAGUGGGCUGAGCCCUCCAAUAUCAUUCAUUAGUCAAGAAAAUGUCCCAGCAGCUGGAGAGAUGGCUCAGCGCUUAAGAACACUGGCUGCUCUUCUAGAGGUCCUGGGUUCAAUUCCCAGCAUCCACAUGACAACUCAAAACUGUGUGUAGUUCCAGUUCCAGGAGAUCUGGUAGCUUCACCCAGAAAUACAUGCAGGCAAAAAAUACCAAUGCGAUGAUGCACAUGAAAUAAAAUAAUUUUUAAAAAGAAGAAAAUAUCCCACAGACUUGCUUACUAACCAGUAUAGUCUGGAUAACCAUCUCUUUUCCAAAGCUUAGAAAAUUGUCUUUUUUUUUUUUUUAAUGUUUUCUAUGCCUUUAGAACUAGACUCCCUUUCUAGGCCUAUUGCCCAUAGGUUAGUGUCACUUAGGUCUUGGAAUUCUCACUGAUAUCUUCUAAUUUUAUCUUUGACCUUGUUUGGUUAUUCCAGUUCCUAGACCUUAUCUUCAAGCUCAGAUUGUCUUCUGUUUGAUCCAUUCUGUUGGUGAGACUUUGCACAGACCUUCUGAAGUGAAUUCGUAUGUUUUUCAUUUCCAACAGUUCAGAUUAUUUUUUCUUUAACAUUUCUGUCUCUUUUUUUAAUUCUCCUUUCAUGGCUUGCAUUAACUUCCUUAUUUCAUUAAGCUGUUAUCUUCUCAAUCAGGAGAUUAUUUUCUCAAACAACAUCAGCAACAAAACACUGCAAACUUGAAGCCCAAACUCAAGAACACAUCAAAAAGAUCACUCACCAUGAUCAGGUUGGCUUCAUUCCAGAGAUACAGGAAUGGUUCAACAUGCAUAAAUAAACAUACAAUAAUGUAAAACAUCACAUAAGUGGAUUCAAAACAAAAUUCACAAGAUCAUCUCAAUAGGUACAAAAAGGAUUUUUAACAAAAUCCAAAAGACCUUCAGGAUAAAAUUUCUGAAGAAAGUGGGAGUAGAAGGAACAUAUCUCAACAUAAUGAAAGUUAUUCUGGACCAUAUCAGAGGCUACACUUCUGAGGAAAAUGAGAUCCCCACCUCCAGCAACCAUUAACUGCCAGUAUUACCCCAAGGAAAGGUGGAGCCCUCUACCAUCAUGGUGGAAUGACGGGUGUAGCCAUAGAGAGGUGUGAUGCAGAAAACCACAGUGUCAGUGAGCUCAUGGGUGCAGCAGCUUUGUCGGGUCCAGAGGCUGCUGCACACUCCUUUAUCCACUGGCCCUUACAGCCUUUCCUCAUCCUCCUCUGCAUCCUGAGUCUUUCCAGUGCUGCAGAUGUCCAUGUAGGGUGGAGCACUCCAUCACUUAGCCUUGACACUUUGGCCAGUUGUGUUUCCGCAUUAACUGCCCACUGCUGUAAUAAGAAGCGUCUCUGACAAAGGCUGAGUACAACAUUAAUUUUAAAUGGCAGACUGGCAGACUGGGAAUUGAG